AUGGCUGAAAGAGUGCAGAAGCACAGAUUUCAAGACACUUUCUCUCAAUCUCCUUCCAGUUCCCUCUGGGAAAAGAUGUGUGGGCUCUUCUUUGUCCUGGUGAUGUGCACGGCAUGUGCUUCUGCUUUCAGACUUCAGCAAGUCAAAACCACAGAAAACUGCCCAGAUCACACCGUGUUUUUCAAACACUACUAUGAACUGCAUGGAGAACCUGUGGUUCUGAAAUGCCCUUCCCCCAGAUACAAACAUUUGGAUUUUUCUGCCUUGACCACUAAUAUCACAUGGUAUAAAAAUGGUUCAAAAACCAUGAUAUCGGGAAGUGAUGAAGAUCCAAGAAUCUGGGCAAAAGGAGAUGCACUCUGGUUUUUACCAGCAAUGCUAGAAGACUCAGGAGUAUAUAUCUGCACCAGAAGGAACUCUUCCUACUGUGCUGAAGUCUCCAUCCACCUCACAGUUGUGGAGAAGACAGCUGCUCAGGAGAUUGCCUAUCCCCAGAUCCUCUUCACUUUCACCUCUGGAAAGAUUGUUUGCCCUGACCUGUGGGAUUUUACGCCAAAUGGGACAAGCCUGGAGCUCAAGUGGUACAAGGAUGCUCUGCCUUUGGAAGCUGACAACGAGAAACUCGUAAUUCUGAAAGGUUCAAAUUCUCUGAUCAUGACUUCUGUGCUACCAACAGAUGCUGGCUAUUACACCUGCAAGAUGCCAUUUCCCUUUGAAGGUGUAACGUAUGAAAUCACCAGAACAAUUCAGCUGGUGACUGUUGAACAAGAAAAGAGAAUUACCCCAAUAAUUGUAUAUCCAACACAAAAGACGACAUCAGCUUCUCUCGGCUCCAAGAUGACUCUCCCAUGCAAGGUGUUUGUUGGACCCAGCAGCCAGCUCGACACUGACGUGGAAUGGCUGGCAAAUGGCACCACCACUGACGUGGUCUACAAGCAAAACAGAGUUAGAGAGGGAGAACGACGAGAAAUUGUAGAAAAUGGUGAAAACUUCAUUGAAGUGCCACUGAUUUUUGAUUCUGUCAAAGAAGAGGAUUUUUACACAGACUUUACAUGUUGGGCCCAGAACAGAUAUGGCUACCAAGUACUGCCAACAAGGGUCAAGCAGGAAGCUGCUGGCUUGUCCUGGUACACUGCAAUGAUUCCUGUCGCAUUGGCCUGUGUGAUUCUGGGAGGGAUAUCCAUCCACAAGUGCUGGAAGCAGAGAGCUGAUAAAGGAUACACAAUAGCCAAGGUUUAA